AUGUAUGCGAUCGAGCUGCGCUCGGCCAAGGCGUUGCAGCCGUGGAUGGCGGUCGUGAGCUCUACAAGCAUCAAGGACAAGGUGCACUUCAUCUUCGACAUGCGCAGCGUCAUCAAGUGCCAGCCGCCCACGUCCCCCGUGCAGAGUGUGCCGCAAGUUCCAGCGCUGCAAGAUGGUUCUGCUUCUGAGGCUGAGCCUGAAUGUGCGGUGGUGACGCCUGCGAGGUCCCACUUGGAGGCAUCGUCCGGCGCGUCGUCGUUCGGGUCGGGUGCUUCCUCGGCCUCGCCACACCAGCUGCUUCAGGAUCCCAGUCGGGCUGGGCGGUUGGCGGUCGACCUCCUCGAAGUGAUGCAGAUUGAGAACGACUUCGACAGCGGGGGUGACUCUAGCGGCGCUAGCGGGAGCGCGGUCAGGGCAGCCAAGGCAGAGAGGGCGCCUUGGGAUCAGGUGGCCGAGCGAGUGGAUGCACAGAAUCAGCGUUUGUCUCUGGCCACGGGCGAGCCCAACAAGAAGGUUGCCGAGGCGCACAAGUUCAAUGACAAGUUCACAUUCGAGGUCACCUACCCUAAGGAAUUCACUUCGACACGCAAUCUGAUGGGCAUGUUCGCCUGGCCUCAACACAUGUACAAAGCAAUCGAUGCGUCGGACGGCCUCAACAACGCCUUGGUGCAGCCGAACGUGGACGACGAUCUGGACUCGUGCGUAUAUAGAGGCAUGCCUGCAGCGAUGACCAGGUUCAUCCACAAUAUGACGUAUACAUCGGUGGGCCUCGGUUGGGCUGGCGUGGACGCGCCAGGGACAGCGAUCAACAUGAUGAGUUGCCAGUUGCUGACGUACUUGAAAGAUGUCAAGGGGACUUCCUACGUGCCGCCGCAGAGGGAUAACAUGUUCCACCCGAUCAUGAAGUACGCCGUGGAGGACUUCUGGAAGCCGGAGAUCAAGGCGACGAUCAACCGCAUGAAGCAACAGGGCAAGCAGGUGGACUUGAACAGCCUCCUCCCGCUGAUCCUCAGCGACAGGUCCGUGAAGCUGAAGGCGGAGUGCUACCGGUGCGGUGGCGGCAAGCAGUGCGUCUUGGAGUGCUGCGACGUUCACGUGGCAGGCGUCUCUCGCAAAGCUUUUUCAAAGUUCGGCAAGAGGGAGGGCGUGGAGUCCACUGAGCACAUGAGCGCCAUGGCGGCCUGGGCUGCGACGGUCAGGGCCACGAAACCGAAGGUGGUCAUCUUCGAGAACUCAGACAGGUUCAGGGAAGAGAUCUUGCACUCUCUGUUCAAGGACAUGUACGCCAUCGAGGGCUUGAAGUUGGGCGGCCCGUACUUCGGCUGGGCAGGGAAACGCGACAGGUACUGCGCAGUCAUGGUCAACAAGGAGUUUGUCACCGGGGUGGUGUUCAGCAUGCGGAACGUGCUUCCUCUUUUCCACAGGGCGCUGGAGACGACGUUCAUGGAGUUCCUGGUCGGGCAUAAAGACAGACGGCUGGGGAAGCAAUUGGAGGAGGAGCUGAACUGGGCGGCCGGGCGCCCGACGUCGAGGGCGUCCAAGUACCAGAACGUCACCGAGCUCAAGGAGAAGGCGAAGUAUCCGUACUACGACGCUUUGACUUUCGGCGAGAUCAAGUUCCUGGACCAGUACGAGGUGAAGGGCGGCCUCGAGAAGAGAUGCGCGAUGCUCAACCAGAGCGAAGACCGCGGCUAUGGGAUCAAGAGCAGCGAGGACGGGAUACUCCAUCCCCUGGUUCGCAACCCUGCGAUACAUUUCGUGGUGGACACGGAGAACAACAUCAAGAGGUGGCUGUCAGGGUACGAGAUGCUGGUGUGCCAAGGGUUCCCAGUGCUCAACGAAUUAGCCAACCCUGGCGGCGAGUUGACGAGGGCGUGCAGCUUCGGGCGUUGCCUCGAAGACAACGACCUCCCGACGCGCUUCCGCAGCACCAUGGUUAAGCAGGCGGGGAACACGAUGCAAGUACCAGUGGUUGGCGCUGUGUUGGCUUACGUCUACUUGUGCGUGAGGUUCGGUGACAAGAUGCCUCCGCAGGUGUCAAUUCCGGGCGACCUCUCCCAGGAGCUCGCGCGCCCGUUCGCAGAGGACCCCUUCGACACGCUGGGCGAGAUCUUCAUGGCCAGGACCAAGCGUAGCAGGAGCAGCUAG